UGGUGGGAGGAUUAGAGCCCAGGUUCCACCCUACGUCAUCUCCCAAAUGCCUCGAAAUAACGCUGGGGUCACCACCUCCAAGGAGGAACCUGGAGAGUAGCCGUGGCACGCUAGGAAAAUGUCUUUAGUUCUAGAACCUUCAGUAUCCUAGCAACGGAACUAUAGAACCUCCGCAAACAUUUAGGGGGAUGGCAUCCACAUCUGCCAGGAAUGGGGAUACAAAAGACAGCUGGCCACCUCAAACUCCAGCCUCCUUAGGUGGAGGGCAGAAAGUCUCAUUAUCCCGUUCUGAAGAAUUCCUGAGCCAGAUCAGCGCAGAACUUACUGAUGAAGCACUGUUUAUUGCUCGAUCCUACAUGAACUCUGUGCCCAUCAAGGAAAAGCAGACAAAAGACCAAGGGACUCAGAUAUCUAGACAUGCUCUGACAGAAAUCGAACCCGCAGCAAGGCACACCUUCUACCAUCUCCUCGUGAAAAGCACUGUCCUGGAGUGCAGCACCGAGCAAAAUAAAGCCCCUGCUCUCCAGAAGUGGGAGAUGAAAGAUGAGUGGUGGGAAGAUAGGGAGCCCUCCCCAACAGCCUGACAACUGGAGGAUGAUCCCUAUUGCUGCUCUCUCGGCCUCUUGCCCUCCCCACUUUGCUCCUCAGUGAAAGCCUCAAAGCCCCUCUCUUGCAACUUGCUAACCACCUCAUCUUGGGAGGAACUCCUGGUCAUCAGCGAUGCUACCUUUGAAACCAACAAGUCUUUGGACCAGUUGCAGGACUUCUCUACCUUCCUUGGACAAUUACACUACUCAUGAUAAAGCGUUUAAUAAAGAGCCAGGGAUCCUCCCUUCCCACACACA